CUGUAGUCCAUAGACACAAACCACAGGCCGGUCCAGGUGUUUCUGCUAUAAAUAUGUACCUCGAUCUCCUCCAGGCAAUAAGGCAAUAAGGCAAAGCAAAGGACGCUCUGCACUCGUCUCUUGUGCUUACUACCGCCAGACCCAGACGACGACGACCAUACCAUACCAUGGCCAUGGCCACCACUGAUCGUGCAUCAUCAUCAUCAGCUGCUGCUCUCCUCUUGCUGCUCCUGGCGCUCGCCGUCGCCGGCACCUCGUCGGCGCAGCUGUCCACGGGCUUCUACUCCUACUCCUGCCCCGGCGUCUACGGCGCCGUCAAGUCGGUGAUGAAAUCCGCCAUCGCCAACGAGAAGCGCAUGGGCGCCUCCAUCGUCCGCCUCUUCUUCCACGACUGCUUCGUCCAGGGCUGCGACGCGUCGCUGCUGCUGGACGACACGGCCACCUUCCAGGGCGAGAAGAUGGCGACGCCCAACAACGGCUCCGUGCGAGGCUUCGAGGUCAUCGACGCCGUCAAGUCGGCCGUCGAGAAGGUCUGCCCCGGCGUCGUCUCCUGCGCCGACAUCCUCGCCAUCGCCGCCAGGGACAGCGUCGUCAUCCUGGGCGGGCCGAGCUGGGACGUCAAGGUCGGGCGGCGGGACUCGACGACGGCGAGCUUCAGCGGCGCCAACAACAACAUCCCGCCGCCGACGUCGGGGCUCGCCAACCUCACCUCGCUCUUCGCCGCGCAGGGACUCUCUCAAAAGGACAUGGUCGCGCUCUCUGGUGCUCACACCAUUGGGCAAGCACGUUGCACCAACUUCAGAGCCCACAUAUACAACGACACCGACAUCAACUCUGCCUUUGCAAAAACAAGGCAAUCAGGUUGCCCAAGCACCUCAGGUGCAGGUGACAACAAUUUGGCACCAUUGGACCUUCAAACCCCUACUGUCUUUGAGAACAACUACUACAAGAACCUUCUUAGCAAGAAGGGGCUUCUACACUCUGACCAAGAGCUCUUCAAUGGUGGAGCCACCGACACGCUGGUCCAAUCCUAUGUUGGUAGCCAGAGCACAUUUUUCACAGAUUUUGUGACGGGUAUGAUUAAGAUGGGUGACAUCACACCAUUGACGGGCUCCAAUGGCCAGAUAAGAAAGAACUGCAGAAGAGUUAAUUAGUUCAUUAAUUAAGAUGAUGGACUGCGAAUGAACUAUCUUUGAGGCUUGUUCUUCUUCAGUUAUGCAUGUCUAGUGACUUUUUGUAGCUUUACAUAUAUUUUACAACUGUGAAGUCAUUGUGUUGUGUUUGAUGUGUUUGCAUGUCAUUUCUUUUUAAAUGAUGAAUGAAUCACUUCUUGUUUAUGUCA